AUGGCGACACCGGCGCGCACCCAACCUCCAUGGAAGCAACCCGAAGGUUCAAGCCCAGCAAAGUUGAAAGUCUGGAACUCUUUGACCAGAUCGAAGAAUGACUUCGUCCCUAUCGAUCCCGAAGGCAAAGAAGUGAAGUGGUAUAGCUGCGGUCCUACGGUUUACGACGAUGCACACUUGGGUCAUGCUCGAAAUUACGUCACAAACGACAUCCUACGGAGAAUUCUGGCUCACUAUUACGGCUAUAAGCUGAAGUUUGUACAGAACAUCACAGAUGUCGACGACAAGAUCAUCCUGCGCGGGCGCCAACAAUAUCUCCUUGGAAAGUUCAAGGCUGAUAACCCAACAGUAACAGAAGAAGUCAUCAACACUACCAUCAAAGCCUUCGACGCAUAUGUCAAGAAGAACCUCCCCUUACUCAGUCAGGAUGUCACCAUUGGUAGCUUUAACAGUGAGUUUGCGGAGAAGUAUGCCAACGUCAUCCAAGGCAAAUCUGUCGACGGCGUCGGUCCACCAAGUGACAAGGAAGCGAAGAUCAAGAUGCAUCUCCGGACAGCCAGCACAGCAGUAACAUCAUUACUGGCUCCAUCAAAAUCAACACCCGAAGACAUAGAUAUCUUCUAUGCUGGCGCUGAGGAUGUCUUGUUACCAUACCUCGACUCACUGUACGGCUCAACUAUUGACGCCAGUGAUCAUUCGGUUUUCACAACUCUUACCAAGAAGUACGAGGCGCGCUUCAACGAGGAUAUGCGAGCACUCAACGUCCUGGAUCCAGAUGUUGUCACUCGCGUAACUGAGUACGGCGACGAUAUUGUCGCUUUUGUAGACAAGAUUAUCAAGAACGGAAUGGCCUACAGCACAUCAGACGGAUCUGUUUACUUCGACAUCGAGAGCUUCGAGAAGAGAAAGGGCAAUCACUACGCACGCCUUGAGCCAUGGAACAGGGGUGACACGAACCUGCAAGCAGAUGGCGAAGGUGCCUUAUCAACGGUCAAGACUUCUGAAAAGCGCAACGACUCCGACUUCGCUCUUUGGAAGUCGUCCAAACCGGGAGAGCCAGCAUGGAAGAGUCCGUGGGGUCCUGGUCGACCAGGUUGGCAUAUUGAGUGCUCCGUCAUGGCUUCAGCCGUGCUGGGAGAGCAGAUGGACAUACACAGCGGAGGCAUCGAUCUUUGCUUUCCCCAUCACGACAAUGAGCUGGCACAGUCAGAAGCCUACUGGCAAAAGGACGGCGGUGCGCAGUGGGUGAACUACUUCCUUCACAUGGGACAUCUGUCUAUAUCAGGAUCCAAGAUGUCAAAGAGUUUGAAGAAUUUCACGACUAUUCGGGAAGCUCUGAGUCGCGGUGACUGGAACGCCCGGAGUUUACGUAUCAUCUUCCUCCUCGGAGGCUGGCAUGACGGCAUUGAGAUUACACCAGACAUGCGCAAGUCGGGUUCAUCAUGGGAGAGCUACGUGACCAACUUCUUCUACAAGAUUCGGGAUCUCGAAGUACAUCCAAAUAUUAGCUCGACAGGCGCAGAAGACGAGAAGGUUAGGAAGUCGUUCGAAACUGCAAAGGAGAAGGUUCACAGUGCGCUAGCCGACUCUUUCGACACGCCCACAGCUAUGCGUGCCAUAUCUAGCCUCAUCACGGACUAUAACUCAGCCGAUAAGGCUGGACUGUCGGAUGACGUCUCAUUUGACGUCGCCCGCUACAUCACCCGCAUGGUUCGCAUAUUUGGUCUUGAUGGUUCAGCCGACCCGUGGGAUGGCGGCAUUGGCUGGGCUGGCAUUGACAUUCCAUCUGCUGCCAAAGAGCAUGUGUACGCUGUUUCAAAAGAACGCGACCAAGUACGGCAACAUGCCAUCGCUGGCGACCUCAACGAGAACCUAGACUCUAUCAUCGCACAGCACACCCCCGCAAAACAACAAGACAUAGAAGCACUCCCAUAUGCCGAAGUACUCUCCACUUUCCAAGAGUCUCUACAAAACCUCGCAAAGAAGCAAGCGCCAGCAAAAGAGUACCUCGACUUGUGCGACCAGCUCCGCGACACGCAUCUCUGGGAUCUUGGUAUUUACCUCGAGGACCGCGAGAAUGCGCCCGCCAUGGUUCGUCCCGUCGAUGCCGAACUGCAAGCUGCCCGCUCCCAGAAAGAGGAGAUCGCUCGCCAAAAGGCCGAAGCCAAGCUCAAGCGCGAACGUGAGGAGGCGGAGAAGAAGGCUAAGCUUGCGGAACAAGCCAAGAUUAACCCAAAGGACAUGUUCAGGACUGAGGAGUAUAGUGCAUGGGAUGAGGAUGGCUUGCCUACCAAGGAUAAGGAUGGCGCUGAUGUGGCCAAGGGAAAGACAAAGAAGCUUAAGAAGGAGUGGGAGAAGCAGAAGAAGUUGUUUGAGGAGCAUAUGAAGGCAUGA